CCCACCCUCCCUCCCUCACCCACCCCACCACACGCCACUACACCACCACCGCACUCGCGCCGGAGGGAACAAAACGCGGAGUGGCCGCGCAGGAUCGGACGAGGCGCGGUCUACGGUUUGCCACCACUGUACACCACACCGGCGCGCUACCCGCCUGCCCUGCUACUGUUCCUCCGUCUCCGCACCACUGUUGCUUUCCCCAAUCCGAUCCUCCGUGGUCGAUUGCCGCGGAUGGAGGCGUUGAAGAAGCACGCCAGCAAGCUCCGGGAGCAAGUCUCCAAGCAGCAGAAGGCGGUUUUCAAGCAAUUCAGUGCGCGAUAUAAUCAAGACCCCUCUCUUGUCGAUGAAGCGGAGCUUGAGUGCCACCAGAAUCUCCAGAGGCUUUACAGUACUACUAGAGCCGCUAAGCAUUUCCAGCGAAAUAUUGUACGAGGCGUGGAAGGUUUCAUUGCCAUUAGCACCAAACAGAUGGAGAUUGUGAAAAGACUAGCUGAGGAUUGUUGCAAAUAUGGAGUCGACAAUGAACAUUUUGGUUUUGCUCUUGCAAAGGCAUCUGUGGAGUUUGGUAAUUCUCAUAAACAAAUAGAGAAAGAGCGGGAGGAUCUUCUUAAAGUUCUUGGAGAGCAGGUUUUUGAGCCUCUCCGAGAAAUGAUAAUGAGUGCUCCCCUUGAAGAUGCUCGCUUGCUAACUUACCGUUAUCAACGGAUCAGACAAGACAUGGAGUCUCAGAUAGCUGAUGUGACGAGAAAGCAACUUAAGUCCAAGGAAAGUAGUGGCAACACAGAUAACUCUGUAAAACUGCAACAUGCAGAAUCAAAAUUAUCAGAUCUUCGAACUACACUGGCAGCAUUAGGAAGAGAAGCAACUGCAGCUAUGGAGGCUGUAGAGGCUCAGCAACAGCAAGCUACAUAUGAACGUCUCCUUGCAAUGGUUGAUGCUGAGAGAACGUAUCAUCAAAACGCUGCUGAUAUUCUGAAUAAACUCCAUGAUGAGAUGCUCCUUGCAAGGCAUCAUAGUGAAACAAUAAAACAUUAUGAUGAACAGUCAUCAGAGCCUGAAUCGGAAACUGCUCCAGCGCAAGUGCACUCAGAUAGCACAUCUGAAGAUCCAGUAUUAACUAAACCUAGCGAAUCCACAGGGAAUGGUCAGGAGGUACAAUUUCUUGGGGAGGUUAUUCAUCCAUUCGAUGCUCAGGCUGAUGGUGAGCUCAGUCUAUCUGUGGGCGAAUAUGUUGUGGUCCGCCAGGUGGCAUCAAACGGUUGGUCGGAAGGGGAAUGCAAGGGAAAGGCUGGCUGGUUCCCAUCUGCCUAUGUGAGCGGAGGGACAAAGCCCCGGCAAGCAAGCGGCGCCCUCCUCCCCUCUGGCUCGGCGAAGGCCCGCACGGCGCCGGAUCCGAGCGCGGCGGAGGCCAUGGCGCGGCGGCACCCCGCCGGCUGCACCUCCCCGCCGGUCCGGUCCGCGCGCGGCGGGCGCGACCGCGUGGCGACGGCCUCCUCGCGGCGGCGGCGGCCGGGCCCCGCGCGUGGAUCCGGCCGACCGGCGGGGCUCCUGCCGGCGACAAGGCUGGCCGGCGGCGGGCAAGGCGGCAUGGCGACCAGCAAGAGCAGGCGGUCCCUGCGGGCAUGGCGGCGCGGCCCAGGGCAGCGCGGGGGCGGGCGUCCAGCGCGCGCUCGCCGCGAGGGCGGUGUCGUCGUCCUCGCGGGUGCUGGCCGUCACGCCACGGCGUCCUUCGUGGGCGCGCUGCUCGCGUCCUCGCCCUGCGGGCUCCUGGUGGCCGCGCAGAGGUGCUUCCACCUGGAGAGUGGGGGUGGGGGCAAGGGCGGCGGCGUGGUGGAAGCUGUCCCGGAGAGGAUGCACUGACGAGCAGGACUAGGGGCCGUCAUUUCCCAGCGCCAUCUCGUUCUGCCACUAGGAUCAAAUAAAGCUGUCGUGGAUUGGUGCAGAUGAGGAGAUCCUCGCACCUCUUCUGCCACAAACAAGCACUACCCUACAUCUUCGGCAUUUGGCUAUCCGACAAGGAGAUCUGCACCUGCACGGGCUGAGCUUUUGCACCGACUAAAGGUGAAAUUUCCUCUUCUUUCCCCACGGCUAUGCAAUAUGGAUAUGAAUCAAUGAGUGCUGCCCAUUUGUUCUUUCUGAAUUUUAACACAUAACGGAUGCUAUUAAAUUUUAUUUGGCAACCUACUGAAUCUGAAUCCAUUGCUCAUGUAUAAUUAUUGUUUUGGUUUUUCAAUGCAUAGGUGCUGUUGAAGAGAAAAGAAAAUAGAAAUAAAUUUUGAUUCAGUCUGCAUGAUUCCCAUCUUGAGUUGAGUUUAAUUAUUUUUGUACCAUGUAGAUUUUUAGGGAUAAAGGUGAGAUUUGAGAACUCGGUACUGCAGAAAUUUUAGGGAAAAUGCUGACAAUUUUGGAAUGGACCUGCCCGUAUUUUUUCACUAUUGUUUUUAAGACAUGAGAUUUUGAUUUCAUAAAUCUUGUGGGUUGCUUUCUACCACCAAUGGAAUUUGGGUUGCAAAUUGUGAUUGGGAUAAUUGAUCAGAUUCCUUAUUACGGCUUUCGGGAGCUUUGGCGGCAUGGGUGGUGUAGUGGUGUUAUCUUUGUGCUAAUACUAACACUCAUCAUCAGGUUUGAUCCAAACUUAUUAACUGCAAUUUCAAAGUGUAAGCACUUAACUGCUUCCUGUGGAUGUUUUCUCCUGUGUGCGUACUUUGAAACCAACAACUUCCUGUCCACUAUGAUUAUCAAGUUUAUUUAGUACAUGUGUUUCAUGAUUGAUUCAUGUGACCAGUGAUAUGCGUCUUCAUAUGAUAUAUUUUCUUUUCGCUUGCUGUUGUAGUAUACUUCUAGAAAGAGAGCCUUUGGCUAAUUAGUCUCCUUUUAUUAUAUAUCCCAAAAGCUUUAGUUGCUGCUAUUCUUUUCGGUAAUAUUUAAAUGCCAGAAUAAUGCAACAACCAAGCCAUUGUAUUUAGAAUAAUUAGAAUUUGAUCUUUCUUUGGGCCAGUUUGUGAAUUUUGAGCUGACCACUCUCACGACUAUUCUGCUAUGGAAUUUACAGAAUUCAAUCUAAGAACUGAGAUGCUACGCAUUGGUAGCCUUUUAAUCUUGUUAAAAUUGGAGCAGUUUUAGCAACUAGCUUAAUUACUUUCCAAUUUGUGAACAUCUUCUGUAGUUUGAGAUAUUCUCAUGAUGCAAUAUGUUAACCGAGAAUGGUUUUUGUUCGUGAAUAGAUUAUGUUGUUUGUCAUAUCGUUGUGGAUGGAUUUUGAAAAAAGAAAGAAAUAACGUAACACUGGUGGGUUGGAGACAAUGUUAAUUAAAUAUUUUCACUUAGAUAAAUGACAAGAUAUGUCUGUUUUAUGUGGUGAAAAGAGGCUAUAAUUUCCAUGGUUGGAGAGAGUUUUGCAAGAGGAUAUCAAUCCACUUACGAGAUAUUUUUAUUUGGAUUAAUAUCAUUUUAGGGACUAGAUGAUAGGUUCCAGUAAAGUCUUUCAAAAAAGAUAUUCCAGUAAAGCCUUUGGGGUGUUUUUUUUUAUUUUUGGAAAGGGCUGGUUUGAAGAUUAUUUUGACUAGCGACAGUAUCACAGCUUCAGUGGACAUUGAGGAGGGCUCAGACAAUCUACAAGCAAGAAAAAAUAUUGUUUGUGUAUAUUGUCGCUCACUCACUAUGGUGUGAUUUUCAAAAGUUAGUCUGUAUGUGUAUGUGUAGAGUUAUAACCUAGGUAUGCCUUUUCAUUUUGCACAUAUCAACAAAAAUUUAAUCAAAGUGUUAGGUUUGUUAUAGCAUCAAACUGUUAGGUUUGUUAUAGCCAAUGUAAUCUUCGCAUUUAUCAUGCUUGGUGGUUUACUUCCUGAAUGCUAUUAUCAUAUUAAAAGUAGUGUCAAUGAAUGAUAAAAAUGAUAUCAUAAAUAAAUUCCUGCAAGACCAUUGUUGGUUUGGCGCGUUGUGCACUGGUCGAAGAGCUAUUUACUGAUUAAUUUGUGGUUACCAUGGUACUAUACGCGAUGGCAAAAUAAGUGACUGACCUUAUGCAUCAUGUUCUUAUUGUGAAGUCAGCUUGAUUAAGGUGUCACUAAAGUUAUGCAGCUUAUAGUUUUAACUACCGGAAUCAGCAUCAAGCAGCUUAGGGAGAAGGUCACUUUACUCAGAAACCCUUUUUUUUAGCACCUGCAAUACCAUUACCACUCAAGCUGCAGGAAAGCAUCCCUUCCUAACACUCUACUCAGGCAUGCCUUUGCAACUUGGUCCUUCAUUGCGGAGACUUUUGACGACGACAACUGAGCAGCAUGCAUCGGAUAGCAUUUGACAAUGCAGGAAGCAUGCGGCAAUGCGUAUAUGAGGCGACCAGUGGUGCAGAUGGGGGAGGCAUGGCCAGCUAGCGGUGGGAAAGCAUACGGCAAGCCAGACAUCGCCUAUCGAGACCCACGGAAGAACGCAACUUCGCCUCCUACUCAGCGAGAGCUAUUUGGAGCGUUAUUCGGUUCGUUUGCAGUGAAUAGAAUGCAAUGCAUUAUUGAAAAAGUAGUCGUGUUCGUAGCGGUAUCAUAUUUCAAACAUAUUUUUAUAAUUAUACACUCAUACAUACCAUUAUACACUAUCAUAUAAUAUAACAUUUAUCUAUUUUUAUAAUUA